UCGAAGUAAGGGGUCAGACACGCAGCAACAGUGAACGGACGCACGCUACCAUCUCUCGGAAUCCUGGAAACUGAACUUGUCAGUUUGUGUCUUAUUACUAUAGUAGUCUAUCGGUUACUGUAUUUUUCAUUAUUUAUGAAUUGCCAUCUGGCAGUGUUUGGUUUGGAUACAUUUGUGCUAACUACAAGGCAAAAUAGUCCUGCACAGCUAGUAGCUGGCUAACUAGUUAGCUACACAAGCAUACGAACUGAGCCUUGCUCGGGAGGCAGAGUGCAGCAUCGUUUGAUGGAUCCGAGAAUUUCCUGGUUUCAGCCAGAACAGCUCGGACCUGCAAACAGCCUGUGGAUGCAGAUUUGGGAGACGACGCAAGGUCUGGGGAAUCUGUACUUUAACAACAACUACAGCACCGGCUCUGGUACGUCAAGUCCGAAACAGAACAGUAACGGGGGGACGAUUAACGUGAUCACGCCUACUAAGACCGGGGCUGCCAGUGCAGGCACCAGUGAGUCCACGAACCAGGGGAUGUCAAACUCAAGGACCCAAACUGAAAUCGUGGAGCAACGAGACUUUAUACCUUUGGAAACCAAUAAUAACCACAACAACCGAGCGGUGGGGAUGGGCGGAGGAGGAGGGGUAGUGGGUGGUGGUGGGGUCCUUGGUGGCUGGAGAGGGGGCUCGGACAACGGGCAUCGCAACAAAAGGAAAAGAGAUAACAAGGCAAGCACUUUCGGCUUCAACAGUAGCCUCCUGCUCAACAGCCCCGGAGCUGAUGAGGUCGGGGGCGGUGGAGGUUACACGGGCACGCCUUGGAAGGCAAGGAACUACUCCGACGGGAUUUUGGGGCUGCAUGAGGAGAUCAAGGACUUCUAUGAAUACAUGUCCCCUCGGCCAGAGGAAGAGAGGAUGAGGAUGGAGGUGGUGGAGAGGAUUGAGGGGGUCAUCAAGGACUUGUGGCCCAGUGCUGAUGUUCAGGUGUUUGGAAGUUUUAGCACUGGACUCUAUUUACCAACAAGUGAUAUCGAUCUAGUGGUGUUUGGGAAGUGGGACAACCUGCCCCUGUGGACUUUGGAAGAAGCCCUGCGGAAGCGAAACGUGGCCGACGAGAAUUCCAUCAAAGUGCUGGACAAGGCCACGGUGCCUAUCAUCAAGCUCACGGAUUUACACACCGAAGUCAAAGUGGACAUCAGCUUCAACGUGCAGAACGGCGUCAAAGCGGCUGUCCUCAUCAAAGAGUUCAAAAAGAAAUACCCUGUGCUUCCCUACUUGGUUCUGGUGCUGAAGCAGUUCCUGCUGCAGAGGGACCUGAAUGAAGUGUUCACUGGAGGCAUCGGGUCGUACAGCCUUUUCCUCAUGGCCGUCAGCUUCCUGCAGCUGCACUACAGAGAAGAUGCCAGCAGCCCCAACACCAACAUCGGGGUUCUGUUGAUAGAAUUCUUUGAGCUAUAUGGGAGACAUUUCAACUACCUGAAGACGGGGAUCCGGAUAAAAGAUGGCGGAUGCUAUGUGGCCAAAGAUGAGGUGCAGAAGAACAUGGUAGAUGGCUAUCGCCCCUCAAUGCUCUACAUUGAAGAUCCCCUGCAGCCAGGCAAUGAUGUUGGCCGCAGCUCAUACGGUGCCAUGCAAGUGAAACAGGCUUUCGACUAUGCCUACGUAGUGCUUAGCCACGCGGUGUCCCCCAUUGCCAAAUACUAUCCCAACAAUGAGUCAGAGAGCAUACUUGGCCGUAUUAUCCGAGUAACCCAGGAAGUGGCAGAAUACAGGGACUGGAUCACUAAACACUGGGGGGCCCAGUCUCAAAACGACCCCUCCUUUAAUGAGAAUGACUUGACGUUGCUUGUGGAGCCGCGGCAGCUGGACAAGUGCAACAACAACUUGUCUAAGGAAGUGGUGGUGCUGCCCAAGGUCUCCCGCAGCAACCACUCCUCCAACUCCUCGUCCCCGCCCCCUUCCUCGCCUUCCUCUUCCUCCUCCUCGGCUUCAUCACCCUCCUCCACAGCCUCCAGCUCCAGUGACGCUGACUCUGAUGGAACCCCCUGUAAAACGGUGAAGCAGCUGGCUGGGCGGGGCUCUAGCUCACACAGAGAGACCUCCGGGGGUGCGUCCACACACAGAGCACAGGGCCACUCUCACAGCAGCCCCACCAGCAACAUCAACAAGAGCAAGACAGGAAACAGACAAUUUCGCCCUACUAGCAAAAGUGCUCAGGGACAGCAGAGUGCCUCCGCCACCAGCAAGGCCCACCAAAGCAACAAGCCACAUCACCAGGGCAAUGGCAAGAAGAGGAAACCCCAGCGUGAGGCUGUGCAUACAAACCUCUGCAGAUAGGGGGCGCCGCCACCUCCAUAUGACUGCCAACCUGUCCUAAAUCUGCUGCAGGACCCUUUCUUAUGGGAUUGUUGGUAGUAGUAAGCAUUUUUAUUAAGGGAUGCUAUUUUGUAACUGAAAGGAACAAAAACAUAGACAAAGGGCACACGUUCCUUGAUUUGAACUGAGAUAAUGAAAGACCUUUGUUUUUAUGACACACACUGCCCUUCUGUGGAGCUUCUCCCAACCUCAUCAACUAGUCUUAUGCCACUGCAGGGCGCCCCCUGGUGUCUGAGAGGAGCAGAGCAUGGCUCCUGGAAACAGAAUCCCUGGAAUUCUGAACCCCUACAAUCAACUACAGCAAGA